ACGAAUUUACCUCGAAAAAUCACUAAAUGGAAGGUGAAAGUGUGGUGGCAACAUCCAUUCUCAAUUCACACAAUACUGUAGGAGCAAUGCUUGAACAUUUCGCAGAGAGUUUAAGCCGCCCACAGGAAUAUUACGAGCGUCAUGAUUCCCACGCACGAGUGGCGACAGCCGCAAUGGGCACAACAACACUACCAAAUAUGCCACUGUCACGUCUGGCCCAAGUUCUACUCACAAUAUCACCAAAUUUAGCGGAUAAUACUACAAUAUAUCCUAAUCUGGCAGACAUUUUUGAAACAACAUUUACACCAACAACAACGAGUACGGAAGUUUUCUACACACAUGCCCCACAAUUCUCCACCACAACGCUGAUAAAAGUCUGUGUAUUGGGUGUGAUGGCCGUUUUCUCACUCUUCGGCAAUAUGCUCACCAUGUGGAACAUCUAUAAGACACGCUUCAAACGCCGUAGCUUGCGAAACUCUUGGAAUGCCAUCUACUCGCUGCUAUUUCAUCUAUCGAUUGCGGAUUUACUUGUAACGGGUUUCUGCAUUAUCGGUGAGGCAGCCUGGGCUUACACAGUGCAAUGGCGUGGCGGUGAUCUCUUGUGUAAAUUCUUCAAGCUCUUUCAAAUGUUCAGUUUAUAUUUAUCUACAUACGUGAUGGUGCUGAUCGGUGUGGAUCGUUGGUUUGCGGUGAAAUUUCCUAUGAGAUCGUUAUAUAUGACUAAGAGAUGCUAUCAAUUUCUGGGCAUCGUCUACAUGUCAUCGUUUAUAUUGAGCAUACCACAGUUUUUCAUAUUUCAUUUAUCGCGCGGCCCAUUCAUCGAAGAUUUCCAUCAAUGCGUGACGCAUGGCACCUACACGGCACCCUGGCAGGAGCAGAGCUACACCACAUUCACGCUUUUCAGCACCUUUCUGAUACCCUUUUGUGUGCUAACCGUUACCUACAUUUCCACGUUCCGAGCGAUUUCACGAAGUGAAAAGAUAUUUUUGGGACCGCAACAGGAGCCGCACACGAGCGCCAAUUUAAUGCACACGAAUCGACAACGGCUCAUACACAAGGCGAAAAUGAAUUCGCUGCGACUGUCUUUUGUGAUAAUAAUUGCAUUUCUCAUUUGCUGGGCACCCUACUGUACCCUCAUGGUGUUGCUACAGUUUGUCGACAUCGACGAUGUGACCAGCAAAAGAUUAAUUGAUGUCAUCUUCUUCUUUGGGAUGUCCAAUAGUCUGGUAAAUCCCCUCAUAUACGGCGCCUUCCAUCUACACACUAUAAAAAGAAAAUCCAGCGAUAAAGGCGGGAAUGGUGGCUAUAGUCUAAAUCGAGCCGACUCGCAGCGUAAUCAAUCCAUGCUAACGGCUGUUACACAAAUCGACGGCAACGGACGCAGCACACGCAUCAACCGACAGCCCAGCUAUUAUCGCGCCCAACACAAUUUCAACAACUCCAAGGAGCAGGCCAGCCUCUUGCAGAUAACCCCCACCACCGCCAUUGUGCAUAAAUUCAAUUCGAACUCCGAACGCAGUUCGGUGGGUUCAUCGCCACAAACAUGCUCCACGAAUUUGACACGCAGCGAAAUGGGCGACCACGAACACGAGAGCGGCUGUGAGGGCAGCAGCGGCGCCAAGCGCGAUGCAAAUUCGCACAGCACGAUGGUGUAUAGCUAUAAGAAGCCAGCUAUUUUGCGCGCACAAAGUUUCGAGGCAUUAACAAUUUCGCCGCCCAAUAAUCGUAUGCAAGCGCCGAAAGCUGCGCCAACAAUGUCCGAGAAUGGUUUUCACCAGUCGGUGUGUGUGUUGAGCUUGGAAGAUUGUAAAAUAUGCGCUGACGAACAUGUCUCUAAUGUGUAAGCGUUUGUGUGAGGGUGUGUGUGUAUGUAUAUGGGGGAUCCGAAAUACUUUCAUCAAAAAGUUCCUUAUUUAAAUAACACAUCCUGCUAUGUGCGUAUGUACAUAUGUAGGUAUAUAUUUAUAUUUCUCCGACAAUAUGCUGUAUGUGUGCGUAUGUAAUUAAUUUCUCAAAUAAGGUUUGUAUAUUGAUGUAUAUAAAAUGUUAAGUAAAAACUUUUGUUAUUUUACAUAACAGUAGAAAGUACUUGGAUAUAUUACAAGGAUAUAUGGACGUCUAUGCAAUAAGGAAGCAAAAUAUGAAAAUUUUAUAAAUUAAAAAAUUAUGUAUUUAAAGUAAAAUUACAAAUUUAUACCAAACAUCGAAUUUUAAGUCGAAAAAAUAAAAAGACAAAAAUAUAUUAUAAUAACUAUAUAUUAGAAUAGUAUAUUUGUAUGUAUUUUAAUAUUAUAAUAUAAUAAUAAUAUUUGAUAAUUAUAUAUAAA